CUUAAUGACGGAGGAACGCAAACUAGGAGAAACGGCGCGGAUUACCAUGAGUGAACAGAUUCGCGAGCUACAGCACGAGCUGGAUCGUCAACGAAAUUUGGUUCUGGAAGCGAACAAACAAACAGAGGAGUUAACCGGUUCCCGAGAAAGACUGCAGAACGAGCACGAUCGUCUGGUACGCGAAUUCUCUACCCUUAAAGGUGCACUGGAAGGCGCUGAAGAACGUGCAGCUGCUUAUCGGGAAGAACUGACGAGAAUUCGCGAAUCGCUGCGACGUACAGAAUUGGAAAAGGAUGUGUUGGUUCAAGAGAAGGCCGACGCUGUGGGAAAUGUAUCACGAAUACAAACACGGGUAGAUGAAUUGGAACAGAAGUUGUACAAGUCCAAUUUCCUUGAAAACCAACUAAAAGACAAAGUGGCUCAGUUACAAGUGAUGAUUGACACGCACGAACGUGAUAAUCAACAUCUCACACAGCAGAACGCUAUGGCACAUUCCAGUGAACUUCGUCUGACAGAAGAGCGAGCCAGUCUUCGAGCCGAAAGACAUCAACUCAGAGAUGAGUUAGACAAGCUUUACAUGGAACGCGGGAACCUGAAUACGGAACUGGAACAUGUCAGAGAACAGGCUUCUCGCUUGGAGACAGCCAAAAGUCGGUUAGAGGCGGAGGCAUCGGAAUUAUCACAUGAGCGUUUGGCUCUAGUUGAGGCGUUAAACAGUGCUGAGAGACAAAAAGCAGCAAUGUUGGAUGACUUAAAUGCCUUCAAGAGAGACGCCGAGCGACAAUCCAGCUUGCUGUCUCGAUUAAAUGAGGAGAAGGAAGUGCUCUCGAAGCAAAAAGCAGAAAUGCUUAUGCAACUCUCUACAUUGGAACUCGCCACACGUCAGCAGCAGGAGCACAUUAUUCGUCUAAAGAGUGAGAAGGAGACGCUAGAGUCUAGUUUGUUUGAAGCCCAACAAUCCAUUGACCAUUUGCAGAACAAGCAGAAUUCGCUGGACCGUGAGAUUGCUGAACUCAAAUUGCGACGAGAUAGUUUGCAAGCUGAGCUGCUUCGUGCACACACCAACUUUCAAGUGGAAUUGGAUAAAUCACAGCGCAAUCAGAAAGAGCUGGGCAACCAAUUAAACACAGAAUUGGAAGAUUUGCGUCAGGCACUGAAUCAGGCUGAAAAGCGCUCUAAGGAGGCCGAAGACGCUUGCUUGCAAGCGGUACAACGCGCCGAUCAGGCCGUGGCGGUUAUGGGACGCAAGCAGAUGUUGGAAGCGGAAUCUAUCAGUGAUCGUGAAAUCGAGUUACAGCGGGCAGCGGAGGAAGCGAAUCGCCUAACCCGUGCCUUACUAACUGCCCAACGUGAAAGGGACGAAGCUCGAUUGCAAGCUGAACAAGAACGUCAACGCGCGUUGCUUCGCGCAGCGGAUGAGAGGGCCGGUCUUCAGCAACGGGUGACUUUGCAGCAGGAAACAAUUACUGAACUACAAUCGGCUUUGGAUCGAUCACAGAGAGAGAAUAGUGUGCGUGAAGAGCAAGAACGUUCAGCUUUAAAGAAAGCUACGGAGGAAGUUCGAAAUUUCCGGAAUCAACUGGAAGACUCGAACACAAAACACGAAAAGGAAGCUCGCGAUCUUCGAAUUCGCAUCCACGAACUCGAGGCUCAGCGAGAGCAGCUGAUACAGGAAACUAACGAAUUGCGCCUUAAAAUUCGGCUGGCUGAAGAGUUCCGUACUGGAAAUCGAGCUGAAUUGGUGGAAAGUACAAGCCGUAUACGCGCAGUUGAGGAGGCGAUUGAUGCUGCCAAGCGGGAGUGCGUCGAUUUGAGACAAAAGACGGCUGAGUUGGAACGCGAAAAAAUGGCGCUGGACGCUUCAAAUGAUGAGCUAAGAAGGCAGUUGAAGACUGCUGAGAUGGAACGCGUGGAAUUAGUUCGUCUAACAAACGUAACCCGCUCACAGCUACAAGGGACCGAAAUGGAUAGGACCACUGCUGAGAAACGCAUAGCCGACCUUCAAGAAAAUGUAAGGGAAGUGGCCACAUCGGCAGCCGAGGCCAGACGCGAGGCGUCCGAGUUGCGCAAUCAAGCAAAGAAGCUUGUUUUCGAGAAGGAAUCGCUGGAGCAGGAGCUUAACGAGCUACGACAGCACUUAAAGGACAGCCAAUCGAAAGAGGUGCUGGCUAAACGUGAAAAUUCCAGUAUGAAACAACGCAUAACUGAGCUGGAGGGUACGAAGUCAUCGCUGCAGUCUGAAUUAAGCAGCUUGGAACGUCAGUUGCAGGACACUGAGGAUGCUCUACGCUCCAGGGAGCGUGCAUCAACACAAGUAGCAGAGGAGUGGGACCGGGACUACCGAAGAUUAGACGAAACCAAAAAGAACCUGGAAGGGAAGGUGGAACAAUCAACCCUUGUCAUAAGUGAACUUCGCGGCUCGCUGGCAGAGACACAGGCUCACCUCUUAGGGCUGGAAUCCGAAUUGACGGACACAAUGGCUAGCAAACAAGAAGCCGAGGCACGUCUAUCUGCUAUACACAGUAUUCUACGACGGCUACUAGGCUUCCGACAGUCGCAAUAUGCUGACGCAUUGGAGUUAUUGGACAAAGUGGAUCCAUUCCGAUCGCACCCAGGAGCAGACACAAGCGCCACGGACGGGUUGGAGGAUACCGGAGACGACCGAUCUCGUAGAUCCGGUGGUCCGCGCAGCUACGAGCUACUGGAGGCCGCAAUUCGCACUCGGGGACAAGAAGAUGACGCUGACGAUGAAUGGGAACUAAGACGUGUGGCCGAGCGAAUAAUGAAUGAUCGGCUGGCGAUCGAUCAUGUUAUGAGCAAAUCGAAGUUGCUUCAACGCACUCGCCAUCGAUUUUACAAAGGUACGGAAAUGUACCCACCUGCUAUAAUGCGGGUGCGAUCCACAUUGAGGAGUAGACGUUCCAAAUCUUCUUCUCCACCAAGAGAGAGAAUGGAUGCUGCACUGGUCCGACCAACUUCGACAGAGCGCUAUCCGGACCCAAGGGAUAGAAGCAAGAAUACCUGUCUGGAAAUAAUGCAGUCAAGAACCCACCCAACCGCUGGAGAGUUGGCCCUUGUAGACCAGUCCCCUGUACGUUUACAUACCUGGCGAUCUUACUUGAGUAGUAUUCGUUACCGUGGAUUGCCUGGAUCGGAUUUAGAUCCUGAAGCGGUGCGGAUGGUGUUACGGGACUUCUUGCGACACUUGGUUAAGAUGGAACGAGAACGCGAUACAACAGAAAUGAGGGCGAAAGUGCACGCAGAACAGGUGGCUCAGUUAAAGCGCGAACUAACGGAGGCCGAUCAACGAGUUCUACAGAUGCAAACAAGUUUGUCCAGCAUCGAGCGAGGCAAACUAGAAGUUUUGGACAAUCUGAACACAAUGAGGUGCACAGUAUCUGAACAAGAGGUUGCGCUACACAGAAUGGAAAAAGAAUGCGAGGCAAUUCGCGAAAAGCUUGCGCACGCUGAACAGCAACUGACACUUUGUGAAACCGAAAAGUCGCAGCUUCAAAACCGGCUUGAGAAAAUGAAGUCAUCCGAGAUGAAGAUGGAUGAAGAACGCCGUCAGUUGUUGAAGUCAUUGGAUGAUGCGGAGACAAGAUACACAGAGGCAGAAGUAUCACGACGUCGGUUGGAAGGUGAUCUGAAACGAUCCAAAGCCACCAUUGCUGAACUGGAAAAGGAGAAAGAGUCUUUGCAAAAGCGUCUGAAUAAAACUAUGCGUCAGAACACCGAGUUGGAUUCACGUAUCUACACCAUGCAAGCGGGUAGUGAUGAGGUUGCCAGCGCCCUGAAUCAAGCUAAUGAGAAGUUGAACGAUCUGAGAGAUCAGUUGGAUCAGGAACGGUCGGAACAGGCAACGUUGAAACAGCAACUGAAGGAAAUACGCGAAGAACUUGAACAAACGAAGAAGCGAGAAUUAUCGAGUGAGCAGGAACGCAGGAUACUGCAGGAACGCCUGGAAGUCAGCCGAAAUAGUCUAAACGAGACCAAGGCACAACUUCAAGAAGCACUUGAACGUUUGCAAGACUUGCAAGCAGAACGUUCGGAUGGAACAUUGAGGCGUGCGGAAUUGGAAACACAAUUACGCCAACUAACGAACGCGUCGGCUGACCAGCAGCAGACGAAUGAGGAUUUGCAGACGCGCCUGACCACCAUUUCAUGUGAGAACACGGCGUUGACGGAACGGAACGCAGAGCUACUUCGCCAAGUAAACAACCUCGGUUUGGAAAAACACGAAUUGCAGAGUGAAUCCAAACGGCUGGCAAAAGAGCUCAAUCAACUGAAAAAGACGAUAGACAGGAUCGAUAGAGAGCGGUCAUGGGAGCAAGAACAAUCAUCUAAGAUGUUGAUUGAAAAUAAGGAGCACCUGCUCACAAUCAGGCAACUGGAAGAGGAAAAUCUGGACCUCCGUCGAGAUGUACAAAAGCUACAAACCAUUGAGAGAAUGCACAUGCAUAUGUCGAAUAGCAUUACGACAUCCCACAAUGCUGAUAUCCUUGGUGGUUGCUCCGACAAUGCGUUCAAGGAACUGCGGCCUCCAUUCCACCUGCGUCAUGAGUUUCUGGGGGUCCCUGGCCAGAAGUUCCUCGUAAUGCACUCUCAUCUCCUUCUUCACUCUGGCCUUCACCACCUGCCAAACAUUCUCGAUCGGAUUGAGGAACGGAGAGUAUGGGCUUAA